AUGAUUCGCCUAGGAAUACAUUUCAUCAGCCGUAAUGGCACCCAUUGCCAGUUGAUGCCGUUGGCAAGGCGGUUGACAGUUUCGGCUCAACCGAAAGAAGAGCCGAAAGAUCGGUCCAUUCGUCAAGGAACCACCGAGAACGUACGCCCUGAAACGCGCCGCACGAACACUUCCUUCAUGUCGAACGUUUUCCGCGGUGAAAUUGAACCUAUUCAGGUGUUUCCUUACCCCGAGCAAUCCGACGAGCAAAAGGAUCUCAUCCACACAGUCAUGGACCCAGUGUACCGUUUUCUACGCCAGGAGCACGACCCACUCGAAGCGGAACGGAUUGGUGAGGCAAAUCCGGCUACGUUGGAUGAAAUGUGGAGAAUGGGUCUUUUCGGAAUGCUGGCACCGGAAGAAUACGGUGGCCUAGGAAUGACCAACACAACCUACGCCCACCUAGGAGAUAUAGUUGGCGAGGUUGAUUUGGGCUUAGGGGUGAUAAUAGGAGCUCAUCAAAGUAUCGGGUAUAAAGGUAUCUUGAUGUACGGAACGGAAGAACAAAAACGGAAGUACUUACCACAAGUUACCAGCGGAGGAAACUUUUCCGCUUUUGCUUUAACCGAACCGGGAGCUGGUUCUGAUGUUAGUGCAGUCAAGACCAGGGCCGUCAAAAGUGGAUGCGGAAAGUACUACACUCUAAAUGGAACCAAAAUCUGGAUAUCCGGAGGAGGCAUUGCGGAUGUGUACACAGUCUUCGCCCGAACGGAAGUAUUAGACGAUAAAACGGCAACGAUGAAAGAUAAGAUUACCGCAUUUAUUGUUGAACGAGGAUUUUCCGGCGUUACCAGUGGACCACCGGAAAACAAGAUGGGUAUAACCAUCUCCAACACUACCGAGGUGUACUUUGAUGAUGUCAAAGUGCCAAUCGAGAACGUUCUUGGCAAGGAAGGUGAUGGUUUCAAAGUAGCGGUGAAUAUUUUGAACAACGGAAGAUUUGGCAUGGCGGGUACCAUGGCAGGAACGAUGCGAAUUUGCAUCCAGAAAGCAGUCGAACACAUCAACGGCCGAGUACAGUUUGGACGGAAACUGAGAGAGUUUGGAAAUAUCCAAGAAAAGCUUGCGCGCAUGGCAAUGUACCAGUACGUGACGCAAUCGAUGGCCUUCAUGGUGGCAGGAAACAUGGAUGCAGGCUACAAAGACUUUAUAAUGGAAACGACAAUCUCCAAAAUAUUUGCCUCGGAAUCAGCGUUUACCGUCUGCGAUGAAGCGAUUCAGAUUCUCGGUGGAAACGGUUUCAUGAAAUCUACUGGGUUGGAGAAGUUCCUCCGGGACAUUCGAGUGUUUAGAAUUUUCGAAGGAGCUAACGAUGUGCUGAGGAUGUUUGUGGCACUUACAGGAAUCCAAUACGCAGGAUCGCACUUGAGGGAAAUUCAAAGAGCACUUCAGAAUCCAAUAGGAAACUUGGGAAUUAUUUUCGAGGAAGGAUCCCGACGAGCUGCUCGAACCAUUGGAGUAAAGUAUGGCAAUGAUAUGAGCGCCUAUGUGGCGGCUCCACUGAAAGAUUCGGCUAAAAUGUGUGCCGAUAGUGCAGAUAUGCUCGCGAUAGCAGUUGAAUCAGCAUUGGUCAGGCAUGGAAAAGGUAUCGUAGAAAUGCAAUUUGUUUUGAAACGAUUGGCUGAUAGUGCUAUCGAUAUCUACGCCAUGGUUUGUGCGUUAUCUCGGGCGUCCAGAGCAAUUGAAAAUGAUCUACCAUCUGCAGAGCAUGAGAUUCUAAUGACAACAGCUUGGUGUGUUGAGGCAAGUGAACGUGUGCGAUUAAACAUUAGACAGGUUAAUUCCGGAGAUUUUGUGCCAUACUGUGAUAUGAUGAGUCAAAUUGCCAGCAACGUAUGCGACAAUGAAGGCGUAGUGCAGCAGCUACCGCUAGAAAUGGACUUGCAUUGAUAAGAAAUAAAUGCGACAUU